AUUAAAAGUUCAUGUCAUUAGGGUGCGGUGUAGGAUAGCAUGGCGAUGGCCACUACUACGGCUGGGGCGAUGGCUUGCACGAUGCCCCAAGCGCGGCAUUACAAUGCCGCUGGAAUUUGUGGUAGAGUAGCCGCUCCUAGGGCUUGUCCACGGCCGAUUUCGCGAUCUCACGCUCUCGGAAGCACCAGCGCUGGAGGAUUUCGGCCUCUCAGAGCAGUUGCGACUGCGGAUCCAACGGCUUCUUCUUCCCCAUCGUCGGCAGUGCAACAGAAGAAGCAGUAUCACUUCUUGCUGGCCAACGCGAAGUUCAUGCUGGACGAGGAGGAGCAUUUGCAGGAGCUCUUGAGAGAGCGCCUCCGGAACUACGACGAGCGUAACAAGGAGCAAGAUUUCUGGCUGGUGAUAGAGCCCAAGUUCGUGGAGAAAUUCCCAGAGAUGUCGGCUCGGCUCAACCGGCCCGCUGUGGCUCUCGUGUCCACUGACCCCGUCUGGAUCACAUUCAUGAAGCUCAGGAUCGAUCGCGUCUUGAAAGGCGUGAUCGAGGCGGAGAGCUUGUCGGAAGUGGCGGAAUCGAAUCCAAUCGACGUCCAGUUCGAUCGGCCGGACAAAUGGACAGCGCCAUAUCCAAAGUAUGAGACUGGAUGGUGGACUCCAUUUUUGCCCCCAAAGUAAAUGCGAGAGAAUAUUCCGCGAACGUUUGCCCUCGCAUAUGCUCCAGAAUCUUGCCUUGUAGCUUAUACUCUAGAAUCUUGCGACACGUGUAUCAAUGACAUUGCAACGUUUAGGCUAAA